GCGCGUGGAACUGAAAUCUAAACGACUCGUUAUUGGCCAUUUAGCUCUUUCCUCCCAGUUAAAGAGAGACUAGUGUGCUAUUUAAUGUCCGUAAAUGCGUUAAGAUGAGUUAUUUGGAGUGCGUGGAGGCACAGGAACAGUUAUGGUAACUUAGUGUUUCAAAUGAAACCUGCUUUUUUGUCGUUGGAGAGGAAAAUGCUAUAAGUGAAGAUUAGUCUCUUACCUGCUGGUUGGGUGUGAGCAGAAUCUCAGGAUGGCCUGCCCGAUGUCUUUCAUCUGUCGAGCUGUGCGCACUGUAGGCCUGGUCCUUUUCUUCUAUGUCUUCUCCAUCGGGAUCACUUUCUACAACAAGUGGCUCAUGAAGGACUUCCGAUAUCCUUUGUUUAUGACCCUUUUCCACCUCAUCAUUAUAUUUUGCUUGUCUGCGAUGACACGGUGUGCCAUGCAGUGCUGGACACGAAAGCCUAGAGUCACUCUAAGCUGGAAGGACUACAUUUACAAGGUGGCACCUACAGCACUGGCAACAGCUUUGGACAUUGGACUAUCCAACUGGAGCUUCCUCUUCAUCACUAUCAGUCUGUACACAAUGACCAAGUCUUCUGCAGUGCUCUUCAUUCUCUUUUUCUCGCUGCUCUUCAAAUUGGAAGAACCGAACCCAUUCCUGAUCCUGGUUGUGCUGCUAAUAGCUGGCGGAUUAUUUAUGUUUACGCUUAAAUCCACUCAGUUUAACCUGGAGGGCUUCAUCAUGGUCCUGCUGGCCUCCUUUAUCGGUGGGAUCCGAUGGACCCUCACACAGCUCCUCAUGCAGAAAGCAGAGCUCGGGCUCCAUAACCCUAUAGACACCAUGUACCACCUGCAGCCACUAAUGUUCAUGGGGCUGUUUCCUCUUUUCCUGUUCAAUGAAGGUCUGAAUCUGGCUACAACAGAGAAGCUGUUCCGGGUGAAUGAGCUCCAGCCACUGCUCUACUCUCUCUUCACUCUGUUUGUAGGAGGCUCCCUGGCCUUUGGGCUCGGAUUCUCUGAGUUCCUGCUUGUUUCCCGUACCUCCAGCCUCACACUCUCCGUUGCAGGCAUCUUUAAGGAGGUGUGCACUUUGCUGCUUGCAGUAGAAUUUUUGGAAGACAAAAUGAGCACCGUGAACUGGUUGGGGUUUGUUGUUUGUCUGUUGGGUAUCUCGCUACAUGUGGGUCUCAAGACAUACUACAGCAAAGGUAAUGGAUCUGCAGUAAGAUCACUUCCAGGCAGAGAAAACCCAGACAUGGAGCUCCCUCUUCUGAUUUCCAGAGGUGAUUGCUCUGAGACAGACGAUGAGGGAUAAACUAAAAUGAUGACACUGUGAGCAUUGCAAUCCAAGCAGAAGAAGAAGAAAUCCACAAGCAUGAUCAUGUUGAUCAGAGGCCUGUGGAGCAUGUGGUAGAUCAUAUUCUGCACAUUAGGAGUGUUGGAAGAACAGAGAUAUCUUGCCUACAGGAGAAACACUGCAGUUUACUGAUUAUUGACUGGAGUCAGGUCCAUGGUUCAUUCCUAUUAUGAGUUGAUUCAUAAUUCAAUUUCCAAAUUAUUAAAAGCUUUUAUCUGAUCAGUAGAAUGUCCAAAAAACUAUGUUUCUCUAAGCACCUUGUCUAAGAUGUAAAACGAGUUUGUUAAUAAAUCUUUAUUGUGUAUAUCAGAAUGUUUAAAAGUUUCAGAAAACAGCAUUCACGUCUGUGAUUUAUUUAUUCCUAUCAUACAGCUUUAGCUGGGUUUCUUAUUUGAAACUCAGGACAUUUUCCAUGUGGCCUUAUGCAUUUUUGUUUACAGAAGUUUAAGUGAUUUACUGCUGAUUUUAGCUGAUGUAAUCAUUUGUUAAAAAAUAUUUUAAAUAAAGGAUUUAGCACAUUUGUCAUCA